CGCGGUAUCAGUCAGCCAGAAGCCGUUCAACUGGGGAUCGAAUAAAAAGCAUCGUGACGUGAAGCUUCGUCUACAGCUGCUGGAAAGCAUGACCGACCCAAAGAUUGAGGAACAGCUAGCGCCGUUGCGCGAAGCUGUAAAGGAGCAGGGAGACUUGGUGCGCAAGCUAAAAAGUGAAGGUGCUCCAGAAAUCGACGUGAAGAAAGCGGUCAAUGAGCUGAAGGCGCGCAAGAAGGUGCUGGAAGAUCGCGAGCUAAGUCUCGCACCUCAGGUGGCCAGCUUCGAUCGAGCCCGUAUGGAGGAUUUGCUCAAGCGUCGCUUCUUUUACGAUCAAAGUUUUGCCAUCUACGGUGGCAUUACCGGCCAGUACGAUUUCGGACCGAUGGGCUGUGCGCUGAAAUCGAACAUGAUCAACACGUGGCGUCAGUUUUUCGUGCUUGAAGAACAGAUGCUCGAGGUGGACUGUUCGAUCCUUACACCCGAGCCGGUCCUGAAGGCAUCCGGCCACGUGGACCGUUUUGCUGAUCUUAUGACGAAGGAUGUGAAAAAUGGCGAAUGCUUCCGGCUAGAUCAUUUGAUUAAGAAUCAUCUGGAAAAGCUGGCUGCAGCGAAGGAUGCGACGGCAGAAUUGAAGGAAGAAUGUGCUGACAUCGUGAUUAAGCUGGACGGUAUGACGAAGGACGAGAUGGCAGCGAUUAUGCGGAAGUUCAAUAUGAAAUCACCCAUCACCGGUAACGAUCUAACGGAACCGAUUGAAUUUAAUCUUAUGUUCGGCACGCAGAUCGGCCCGACUGGUUUGGUGAAAGGUUUCCUGCGACCUGAAACGGCUCAGGGUAUUUUCGUGAACUUUAAGCGUCUGCUGGAGUUCAAUCAGGGACGCCUUCCGUUUGCUGCUGCACAAAUCGGCAAUAGUUUCCGCAAUGAAAUUUCGCCCCGAUCUGGGCUAAUUCGGGUGCGUGAGUUUACCAUGUGCGAAAUCGAACAUUUCUGCGAUCCGCAGGCGAAAAAUCAUCCCAAGUUUGAGAACGUGGCAGAUACGGUGAUGACGCUUUACUCGGCCUGCAAUCAGAUGGAUGGCAAGAGUGCACAGCAGGUCCGCAUUGGAGAUGCCGUUGCGAGUGGAUUGGUAGCGAACGAAACGCUUGGGUACUUUAUGGCCCGCAUCCAGAUGUUCCUGCAUCGGAUUGGAAUUUUACCGGAUCGGCUCCGGUUCCGCCAGCAUAUGGGCAACGAGAUGGCACAUUAUGCGUGCGAUUGCUGGGAUGCGGAAUGUUUGACGAGCUACGGAUGGAUCGAGUGUGUCGGAUGUGCGGAUCGGUCUGCGUACGAUCUGACCCAACACACGAACGCAACCGGUGUGAAGCUGGUGGCCGAGAAGAAGCUUCCCGCUCCGAAAACAAUUGAGGUGACGGAAGUUGUACCGAACAAGGCCGCGAUCGGGAAAGCAUUCAAAAAGGAAGCCAAAGCGAUUACGGAUGCAUUGGCAAAGCUUUCUCUAGGAGAGGUUGAAAGCAUCGGGAAGAGUCUUGGCGAAAGCGGAGAACACACGCUGUCUGUUAACGGUACGGAUAUUAAACUGUCCAAUGAUCUGAUUGCGGUUAAAACUAGCUCCAAAACGGUACACGUGGAGGAGAUUACACCCAGCGUGAUUGAGCCUUCGUUUGGUAUUGGACGUAUUAUGUACUCGCUGCUGGAGCAUAGCUUCCGGAUGCGUGAAGGGGACGAGCAGCGCAGCUACUUCUCGCUGCCACCGGUUGUAGCUCCGCUCAAAUGUUCCGUACUGCCGUUGAGUAACAAUGCCGAGUUUGCACCGUUCGUUAAGAAGAUUUCGAUCGCGCUAACAUCCGUUGACGUGUCGCACAAGGUGGACGAUUCUAGUGGAUCAAUCGGUCGUCGGUAUGCGCGCACGGACGAGAUUGCGAUACCGUACGGUAUUACGAUCGAUUUUGACACACUCAAGGAACCGCACACGGUGACGCUCCGUGAGCGUGAUUCGAUGAAACAAGUUCGCAUUGGGUUGGAUGAGGUAGCGAACACGAUCCGUGAUCUGGCAACCGGACGUACCAGUUGGACCGAGGUAGAGCAAAAGUAUCCACGCUUUGAGCAACAGGAAGCGUCUGCCAAGUAAAGCCUUAAAGCGAUUUCGGAAUA